AUGCGUCGACCGCCACCUCGAGCAAGGAUGGUCAAUAUGUCGAGCGUUGCCAGCAAUCAAUCCCUCAAGGUCGACGCUACCACCAUAGCGGGCCCCUUGGAGAGAUCGUCUUGGUUGUGCAUCGAACAGCAAGAGUGCAUCGAGGAGCCCCCGAGAGACGAACGCGACGACUUGGCCAACGCCGUGAAGAAAAACAAGUUUUUGCGAGUUGUGCUGGUGGCGAAGUUGGAGCACGACGAUGAUCUGCCAGUCGCGUCCUGGGAUGUGAAUAAGGGCUACAUGUAA